UUGAAACAACAUACACCCACAAUGCCACCAUUCAAGCAAAGAGGACAUCUUGUGGAGUCUGUGUACUUACCUAAAACAAGACUGGCUAUCACUGCGACAACCAAAGGAGCUGUCAUUAUAUGGACUGAUGCAGAAUGUUCAGAGUCUUCUUAUUCAGAGGAACGAACCACAAAUGCUAUGGAAUUAAAGAAAAUCCUUCAAUUGGAGAAACAUCCUAUUACAGUUUUAAGAGCUGUUGACAAAGUGGUUGUGACAGGAAAUACAAAGGGUCGUAUCUCUUUUUAUGACCACCAACUGAAAAUCCUUUACUGGUGCCACAAGUUCAAUCUUGAUUCUAUAACAGGCAUAAACUUUCAUCUCCGCUCACGCUAUCGCCAUCUCAAAGACCAGUCUGUGUUUGAUGUAGGGACAUCGGAGCACUCACAUGCCAGAAUUUCAAAAGGAGAUGAUCUUGAUGAACAAGUACUUUCUCGUGAUGCAACCCUUCAGAAAAACCUGUUCAUUAUUCGUGAAUUUGUUGUUUGCACAGAAUCUGGCCAAGUUGGACUUGUAAAUGUUAUGAGGAAUGCUUGUGAGUUUCUCCUUGAUAGAUCAGUAGGAGUCAUAUCAUCAAUGGCAGUGCAUCCUGAGAAAACACAUUUGUGCAUUGGGAAUUCCUGUGGGCAGCUUUUCCUUUGGAAUCACAGAACCAAAGAAUGUUUAAAAAGUAAAAGAUUUACAUCUGAUAAUAUGAGUAUCAUCUCUGCUAUCACAGCUUUACAAUAUGCACCAUCAGGCCUCUUUCUUGCAUGUGGUCUUGACAAUGGCUCACUCUGGUUUCUUGAUACUUCAGUUUUGGCACCUCUCCAAGAGUCUUGCCAGCAACAUUCCACAUCAAAAAUCACUCAGAUUAUUUUUUCUGAGGAUUCAAGGUAUCUCGCACAUAAAGUAAGUGGAAUGACUUCCGUUUUAUGCAUUCAUUUACUCUGUAAGAAAGGAGUAAGAUUUUUGGGUUUUCAAGAUGAACCAGUAGAGGUUUCUAGCCCAGAAGUGGGCGACCUCUACAAAUUGUAUGUCACAAGUGCUCAAGCCCAGCACCAAUUUGAAUUGGAGAGCAAAAUAGGACUUAAAGACUGUAAAGCUACUCUUAGUAGGCCAGGUGAGCCAGUGAUUUAUCUUAAUUUAAGUGUAAUCAUUGGAAGGGCACUUUGUUCUGACAUAUUUGGAUAUGGGGCACAUGAAUUGGUUGUCAGUCUUGAUCUCAUAGAUAAGAGGAGACUGAAAACUGUGGGCUACAGAUUGCAUGCAAUAGGGGAUAUAUAUAUUGGCCACAACAUCUUGCCAAUGGCAGCACAGCAUCUCUUGCCGCAACUAUCACAAGUGUAUGUGGCUGCUGAGGCAGGAGCAGUGGUAGCGUUGCGAAGCUUUUUCUGCCUUAAUCUGUCUAACAAGCCUUCAUCAUGCUUCGACAUUCCAGAUGAUAUUUCAUCACACCACUCUGGUCUCAUUCUAGCCCGUGCCUCCCAUCUGUUUGUGUCGAUUCCAAAGGUUACUGAAGGGCCUCCAGACAUCGAAAGAAUAGGUAAAACUAAGACCAUAUCAGUUAGAGGAGAUGACUACAGCAGUCAGUGUACAGUUACAUUUGCUGAUAAAAAUGUCAAUAGUGCAUCAUAUGUAGUUUUUGUUGACAUUUGCUGA